AUGGAUGUGCUCACCAGUGACCUUGCAGUACUUCACACGAUAAAAGACACUCGUUAUCUGAAUCCACGCAUACAUGUACCAAAAGAAGGCCAGCUGUAUAAGCUAGCCUUUGAAUACUCUCAGGAUCCUUUGCUCCACCACCGAUUUGAAGACCUGUUCCGGGUCUCAGUACAUGUAUUUGAUGUCCUUCUUGUGUUGAUAGAAGACCACCCUAUUUUCCACAACAACUCCAAUAAUCCACAAGCUCCAGUGCACGAGCAGCUCCAGGUACUUCUAUACCAGAUGGGGAGAUAUGGUAAUGGUGCUUCAAUUACAGAUGUCGCACACAUUUCCGGGAUUUUGGAAGGUUCUGUGGAGAAUUUCACAGAUCGGUGCCUGACUGCAAUUGAAGCUCUGCAUGAUGACUUCAUCCAUCCACUGACAGAUGAGGAGAAGGAGGUAGAGAAACAGUGGAUAGAGACGCACUUGGGCUUUGGUGGACUUUGGCGUGAAGGCUAUAUGAUGUAUGAUGGAACAAUUGUAGUCCUGCAUUGGAAGCCAGCAUUGGAUAGAGAAGGCUAUUAUACUCGCAAGGCAAAUUAUGGACUGAAUGUACAGAUCGGAAACGUACCCUCAAGCCUCAGAGUUGUGGAUUACUGUACUGGAUUUACAGGUGCAGCACAUGACGCAAGUGCAUUCGAGUACACCACUGCCUCCUGUUUUCCAGAGCUGCUUUUUCAGGGAGAAGAAUUUGCAUGGGCAGAUUCUGCAUAUCCUGUGGGAGUCCUCAUUAUUCCAGUUCACCGCCAGCCAGCAUCACGUGAACCCCGUAAUGCCUACUUUGACCGAUAUGUCUCUGGAAUCAGGGUUCAUUCAGAACAUUGCAUGGGAGCAUUGAAGUGCCGUUUCCAAUGUUUACGGGGGCUUCGAGCUGAUAUUACGUCUAUUGAGGACCACCGCAAAGUGGAGGGACCCAAAACUCACUCUAACUUCUACAGCACUCACAGUGGUGAACAGGAUGACCAUCAACUUGGAGUACAGACUAGAGUGGAGAAUGGAGAUGGGUCAUCAGAGCUUAUUAUGGAAGAUCAAGCAGGUAAACUAAAAAGAGACAGACUUAGAGAUCAACUCAUUGAGGUGUGGGGAAAGAUAUUCAAUUAG